AUGGACACGACGACUAGAAUAUUGAGGUGGAGCUCAUGCUUAUGGAUAUCAUUGCUGCACAUACUAUGCCACAGCAGGAGGAUCAAGAGGAGCACUAGGAAGACGAGGAUGAAGAGGCAGCUGAGCCGCCUGCCACAAUUAAUCAAGCACGAAAUGGCCUCAAGCGCCUGCUCAGCUUCCAGGAGCUCACGAUACUCGUACAUGUGGGAAGAAGCCUCCAGCAACAGUCAGAGCUCAAUAGAAGUCAAAGGACAUAAAUUAGCUGGUUUUGUUAGAAUUUAG